AUUUUUUUUAGGGGGAGGGGGGACUCGAGAACAUAUCGUGCUGCAAUUAGUUCAUUGAAAACUCAGUCGCUCGCGGAGCGGUCAGACGGAGACUGCUCUCGGCAUUUUUCCCUCCUGCCUAAGGAUCUCCUGCGGAGAGCUGCAACAAUGCCCAAAAGAAAGGCUGCAGGUGAUGCCAGUCAGGAGCCAAAGAGAAGAUCUGCCCGACUGUCUGCUAUGCCUGUGCCCUUUACACCAGAGGUGAAGCCUAAAAGAACGCCAACUCCAAGGAAACUGAAGACCACAAAUGUUGCAGUGGAAGAAAACAAAGAUGUUGGUGCCGUAACAAUUCCUGAAACCAAGCCAGAGGAUGUUAAAGAAGAGUGCAAUGUGGAAAAUGCUGAAAAUGGAGAAGCCAAAAUUAUUGAGGCACCCAUCCCCAAAAUGGAAACUGAGGAAAUAAAGAUGAAUGAAGACGCUGAAGAAGAUGGAGGAGAAAAGAAAGAAGCAGUGGCAGCAGAAGGAAAAGAUGAUGAGCUAGAAGAAAAUGUCCAAAAUAUAGAGAAAGAUGAAGAUGGAAAAGAGGAUGAAGAUAAAGGUGAGGAGGUAAAAGAUGGAAAUAGGGAAGAAAUCCUCGAAGAGAAGGCAGAUUCAGCAGAAAGUGAGGAUGUGAAAGAGGAAAAAGAUGAUGAAGAAAAAGGAGACGAUGAAAAAGAAGAUGGCAAAGAGGAAGGGGAUGGGAAGAAGGAAGAAGAGAAAGAUGACAAGGAAGAGAAAGCUGAAGUGGAAGAAGAAGUAGAAGAACAGAAAGAGGAAAAAGAAGAGGAAGAUGGAAAACGCAAAGAAGAGGAAAAUAAGGAAGAUGGAAAGGAAGGCCAGAGUGAGGAAGAUGGGAAGGAGAAAGAUGAUGGGAAAGAAGAAGAUAGAAAGGAGGAAGAAGGAAAAGGAAAAGAGGUUGCAGGGGGAGGAAAUGAUGAGAACAAGGUGGAGGCUGAAAAAGAAGCUGAAAACAAAGAUUUCAAACAAGAUGGAGAAAAGGAGGAGUCUCUGAGUGGUGUCUAAAACUGCCCUAUGUGAUGUCAUAAUUUGGUAACAAGUACCUUCCUGUUGUAAUGUUAAUAGAGAUAAAUAUUUUUAUCAGAUAUUUUAUAAACAGUGCUUUUCUUUAGCAUCAUUCAAUCUUGGAACAUCAUCAUACAGGUUAUUAGUUGCAAAACACCUAACAUGACACCUUUAUACAUGUUGUGAUUAUAGUAGUGCAAAAUAUAAAAUGUAUACUUGCAACUUUGUGAAUUUCACUGUGUGUAAGUUAUAUAUUAAAUUUUUGAGUUUCAAUUUUAUUCUUAUACGUGAUAAUUUUCAAAGUAGGAGAAUUCCAAAAGAAAGAGUUUGGUACAACUUUGAUGUAGUUCUCAAGGUUGCUUUUAUAAAGAAGGUCAACUAUUUUCAGGUAAUGUUAAGAGUUAGAAUUGCCAUUACCAAAUAUAACUGUAUCAGUAGCUUGGAAAGAAUAUAAAAAUCUUAAUUUCGGUUUUGAAGAAAUUUAAAUGUUUAUUUCAGGAGGGCAGUUUUGAUCAUAUGUGUAUGCACAAAGUUUUGCUGGAUUUAUCAUAAUAAAACAGUUCCACAAAGGUAA